AUGUUCGAACCCCCAAGCAUAACAGCUCUUGCCUACCCAUCCACCAUCACUUUAAGUUUUCCUUACAAUACCAGCCAGCACAUUGUCCACAUUCAUCCUAUCCAGCCACCUGUCUUAUUAUCCGCAACAGCAUGCAGCGGAAGGUGGCGAUUCGGAAGUACUGGAGCUUUCAAGUCCACAAAGAACAUGAAGGGUUAUCAAGGCUAUGGAUCAUACAGGUGUGCCGCCGUAGAUAUAUUGGAUUCUGCACUUCUUCGUCUGGGACGUAUUGACCGAAAGAUCGAAUUCCCUUCCCCUGGCCCAGAAGCUCGUGUCAGCAUUCUUAAAAUCCACUCUCGCAAGAUAUCACUGCAACGCGGUAUCGACCUCAAAGCACUCGCCGAGAAAAUGGGCCAGUGCUCAGGCGCCGAAGUGCACGGUAUAUGUACAGAAGCAGGUAUGUACGCGUUGCGGGAGCGGCGGCAACAUGUUACGCAGGAAGAUUUUGAGUUCGCUAUUGCAAAGGUGCUCAAAAAGAACCAGGAGGGUAAUACGUCGGUCAACAAGUUGUUCUCAUGAAUGUAAUGCGCUUGGUAUUUGCAUGAUCCUUUUUUCCGUCCGUGCU